AUGGCCCCAUUUGACGCGCUGUAUGGCAGAAGGUGUAGAUCUCCGAUUGGUUGGUUUAAUUCGGCGGAGAUGGACUCUUUGGAUACAGAUUUGCUUAGAGGUGCUAUGGAGCAAGUUUGUAUGAUUCAGUAUAGACUAUUGACAGCUCAAAGUCGACAGAAGGGUUAUGCAGAUUUGAGAGUUAGAACCUUAGUGUUUAUGGAGGUGGACAAUCUUACAAAACUAGAGUUCACUGCCCUCCAAAGUUCGGGCAGGAACUACCUCUCAUGGGUGUUGGAUGCUGAAAUCCACCUUGAUGCAAUGGGUCUUGGAGACACCAAAAAAGAAGAAAAUAAGGCAUCAAAUCAAAACUGUGCACGAGCAAUGAUAUUCUUGCGUCAUCAUCUUGACGAGAUUCUGAAAAUCGAAUAUCUGACAGUUAAGGAUCCACUUGUUUUGUGGAAAAACCUAAAAGAAAAAUUUGACCACUUGAAGAUGGUCAUACAUCCAAAGGCACGAUAUGAUUGGAUGCAUCUAAGGCUACAAGACUUUAAGUCUAUACAUGAGUAUAAUUCUGUCAUGUUCAGAAUCACUUCUCAAUUGAAAUUAUGUGGAGAAACGAAUCGACCUACUGGAUCUGAACCACUUCCUGAAGUGAAUGAGGCGUACGCCCACCAUGCUAGGCGUGGAAAAGGUCGCGGUCCUAAUCGUGGACGUGGACGUGGUCGUGGACGUGGACGUGGUCGUGAUUAUGGUCAAGAACGUAAUUCUAAUCUUGGCAUUAAUCAUUCAUCAAAUAAAAAGGAAAAAAGAAAGGAUGAGAAACGUGAAGCAACUAGGGAAGGUUGUUUUCGAUGUGGUGGAAGAGGUCAUUAUGCACGUGAUUGUCAUUUCUUCGCACAUCCUGAAGGAAAAAUAGAUCACUUAAUUGGUGAUGGUUCUGUGAACAUGGAAGAGUGA